AUGUCUGGAACUGGAGACCCACUUAAUGUUACAUCUUGGUUGAAUGAGCAACUCCCAGUUUUUGAGAAUAGGAACGGGUUUGCGUCCAGUGACACAGGGACACUAGAAGCUCCUUUAGUGGACAUUUUGAAGACCUUGGACCACAAAUCUUUAAAGGUAAAGAAGCUUCAGUUAGAGAUUUCCUAUUUCAAUGAAUGUAAAAAAGUGGGGGUUGUGCCAAAGGGCUUGCGAUCUUGGCAGUACCCCACUGGACUGAUAGCUGGUUCAGAGUUCCACAGUGAGCUGAUCAGUUUGUUUGAUAGACAUGGACAUGAGUUAAUGGAUUUAAUGGCGAAAUUUUAUCAGAAAUUUAUAGACCAGUUGAGUGGUGAAAUUGAAAUUUUGGACACUAAUAUCAAGUCACAUGUAGAUUUCAACAGUGUUCAGGUAUCAGCAAUGCAGCUAAAGUGCAAAAUCUACUUUUCAGCUUUCUGUUUCUUAUCAGCUGAGCUGUUAAGAACUCAGAACCACAAAGAACCAAACCAGGUUUCACCACAAAAUGAAGUCUUUGAAUAUAAACUGGAAAUUAAAGGGUUUUCUGGUAAAAAGCUUCUAUUUACUCGAAAUGCUCCCUUAAGAUUUGUUCUAAAUAAAAUAUCGGUAUUCAUACAGACUGAUAAAUCUGUGUACAAGGGUGGCCAUACUGUCAAGUUUCGAAUUCUCUCUCUGUUUCCUGACCUGAGACCUUGUCCAGACAAACACAGCAUUUCCGUUUCUGAGGUACGAGGCUGUUUAAGGUAUUCAGGAAAGUUGUAUUGGAUUCAAUUACACAUUGAAAAGAGUGGGGUUCAGGGAGAGGAGAUAGUAAAUGCUAUCACAGUGUCCACUACUUUAGAUAGAACUGAUGAACUUGAAAUAGUGGCUGCAGACCAUAAAAUGGCUUCCAAAGAUAUUAUUCAUACACAGAAUAACUUUUUUAUUUAUAACUACACAGAUGUAGAGGUUAAUCAGGAAUAUUUUAACCUUUUCAUAAAAGGUUUUACCUUCGUACCAUUAAAGAGACCUGGUAUCGAAGAUAUUCUUUUAGAUAUAAAACCAUUUAAUAGGAAACUGAAUUUACGUCACAUUUUUAAGGAGAGCGUGAAUAAAAGUAAUGUAGACGCUCUCAAAAAGUUUAGUACCUACAACCCCCCUUUACAAAGUGACAUACUAAAUUUUGAAAGAUGUGUCACAGGGUUAAUUAGAGAAGGAUACAAAAAACAAAAAAUCCUUGAACAAAACCUUACUAAAGAAGAAAAUGUAUUGUUAUACGAGUUAAGCAACAAUGACAAUUUGCGUAUUAUGAAACCCGACAAGGGAGGGGGGGUUGUCUUAAUGGACACAUGGGAUUAUACAAAAAGAAUGUUUGACAUACUAGAUAAAGACAAUAGGUAUAUGAGGGUAUCUAGGAAUGAGGUAAAUAUUUCCUAUAGAAAAACAGACCUUUUUCUUGAGGAUAAUUUGCUUCAAGAUUUAAUUGAUGUGAACCUAUAUAACUUUUUGAAGGUCAUGAAACCUGUGAUACCAGUGAUUUCUGGAAUACCAAAGAUACAUAAAGAUGUGGAGAACCCCCCUUUAAGACCAAUUGUAUCUUCACAGGGUUCGAAAACGCAACCUUUGGCUAUUUAUAUAGAUUCCAAAUUAAAAGCAUUUUAUAAAAAUUAUUCUCAUAUUUUAAUAGACUCUUGGGAUUUUCUCACCAAAAUAGGGUCCAAUAUAUAUAAAGAUGAUACAAUUUUUCUUACCGUGGACAUUAUAGAUUUAUUUUCAGUAAUUCCACAUAAUAUUGGCCUAGAUUGGUUUGAAAAAAUGAUAGUUGAAAUGAAGAUUUUAACACAAGAUGAUUUCAAAGUGGUUUUAGAGAAUAUGGAAUUGGUGUUGAAGUACAACUAUAUUUAUUUUCAAGGGGAAUUGUACCAUCAAAUAGACAGCGUUGCUAUGGGCUCCGCCUGUGCACACAUUUAUGCCAAUAUUAUUAUGCUGUACUGGGAAAGACAAUAUAUUUUUAAUUCUAUGUUCUAUCAAUACAUUACUGACUAUUAUAGAUUUUUGGACGAUAUUUUUAUCUUGUGGGAUGGACCAGAACAGGAGAUUAUUAAUUUUAUGAAUUAUAUUAAUAAUACUACAGAAUUUUUAAAGUUUACAUCAGAACAGGAUGCAGAAGAAAUUCACUAUCUUGAUGUAAAACUUAAAAAAGAUCAUGUUAAUAGAAAAUACAAGUCCAGGAUUUACAGAAAAGAUUGUCAUUCUAAUUCGUAUUUACACUUUUUAAGUGACCACCCAUGCCAUUCCAAAAAGAACAUAGUUAAAGGGCAAAUGAUUAGGGCAGCAAGGAUGACAUCAGACAGAGGUGAUCUUAAUGAAGAAAUGGAGAUCAUUCAUAAAAUGUUCAAAGAAAGGGGGUAUCCAGAUAAUAUUAUCUUACCCGUUAAAAAAUUUGUAUAUGAAAAAUGGGGGACUACCUAUAAACCCUUACUUACCAACGGUGGAAAUAUAAACAUGGAAAAAAGGAACGAUUAUAACAAUGUUAAAGAUGACCAGCUACCCUAUUUAGACAGCUAUGGAAAUGUGAUUAAGCAGUGGAAUGAUGUGUCACCUACACUGGGAGUCAUAUCGAAAGAGUUUCAGUUAUCUGAGAGCCCAUUGCUUGGUAUAUGGAUUAUAUCCACUAUGACAAAUGAUGGCUAUGGUGAGAAGAUAUUUUAUGUUGAUGAAUAUGUUAAAAUGAUUAAAGAAAUGUGGCACUUGACAUUUAUUUUAUUUUUACUAGUUCUGCCAAAAUUUGAAGUCCUUAUUGAAACCUCUCCAGUCUAUCUCCUGGCUAUAAAUGAAAGUAUACAUGGAACUAUUACUGCAAGAUACACCUAUGGAAAGAUGGUGACAGGGAAUGCAACAAUCACACUAUCACUUUUGCUUCCAAGUUAUAUGAUGGUAGAGCAAAACAAGAACAUUACUAAAUCUUUUGAGAUUACAGGAUCUAGAAACUUCAGUUUUAGCUUUCAAGAAAUGCGUCCACUAAUUCAAUCGAUUUCAUUGAACUCCAUUGGUGAACUGUUUUCCAUUUCCGCCACUGCUACAGAAUUACUAACAGGAAUUUCUGAAUCUGUGAAUAUAUCCAUCACAGUGACAACCGAGGAAUACAACCUGCAAUUUGUCGAUUAUCCUACAGUAUUUUACCCCUCUCUGAACUAUACAAUAUGUCUAAAAGUAAUGCGAUAUGACAACAAACCCCUAUCAGAAAACGAAACCCAGAAUCAAGUGACUGUUACAGUUACAAAGGCAAACACACUGUUUUACCAUGAUAUGAAUAAAAGAAAACUGGAUUUUCGAGGAGUAUCUUCAUCAGCGAUAGAUAUUGAGCCAUUUCCAUCUGCAGAUGAAACGCCAAACAAAAUCAACUAUACCAUUCCAGAAAAUGGGAUGAUUCACAUUGAAAUUCCUGUUCAAAAUGAAACAUCAUUUAUUACAAUUGAGGCUAACUUCAAGAACUAUGUUGCCACUCAUUUUGUUACUAAAUUAUACAAAUCUUACAGUAAUGCAGCUAUCAGGAUUCGAGCACCCUCCUCUGUACCAGUGGUUGGCUCCACAUUUGAACUUAAACUAGAAAGCAAUGAACCAUUAAAAGAAGCUUACUAUUUGGUUGUAUCAAGAAAGCAGACAGUGGAUGCAGGCAAGGUAACAUCUGCCAGACUUAGACUGACACCUACUAAUGCCUGGGCUCCUUCUGCAUCUAUAAUUGUCUUCUAUAUUCACAGCAGUGGUGACAUUAUACAUGAUGUUCUUAGAAUUUCUCUUAAAGAAGCUUUUCAGAAUAAGGUCACAUUGACAUGGAAUAGAAAACAAGCUGCUCCAUCAGAAAAUGUCUCUUUAGAUAUCAGUAUAACCGAACCAAUGUCAUUAGUAGGACUUCUAGUUGUUGAUAAAAGCAGCAAAUUACUAGCCAACAUCAAUGACAUCACAGCCGACAUGGUACUGAAUACUUUGACUGAAUAUAGUCGAUAUUAUUUUGAUGAGAAUGAGUUAAAUCGAUUAUCCAUGGAUGGAAAUUCCUCUGGAAUCACACACUAUUUCUUUGAGGGUAGAAAUGAGGGCAAUGUCAAAGAAGGAUACCCAGACAGUUCCAUAUUUGAGGAGUGCAUUCACACAAAUUUCUACUACAAUGAAUAUGGCUUUGAAAACAUUAAGGAAGGCCUUAUGACUAGUCAAAAGUCACAUAUUAGAAGCUAUUUUCCAGAAACUUGGCUUUGGAUUGAUGAAUUCACUGGGAAUAAAACACAGAAAGUACUGGAUGUUACACUACCUGACUGCAUUACAACAUGGAUGGCAAGUGCAUUUGUUAUAUCUCAGAAUCUAGGACUUGGAUUUAGCACGAAUGCUGUCCAGCUUGAAGCAUUUCAGUCAUUUUUUAUAUUCUUAAACCUUCCAAAUUCUGUUAUCCGAGGAGAGCAGUUCAUCCUUGAAGUAACAAUUUUCAACUAUAAAGAAGACUCCCUUGAGGUUACAGUGACACUGCAGAAAAAUGAGUCAUUUGAUAUUUUAUCAAGCAGCAACACCACCAUUUCAAACCAGUAUGUGGUAACUAUACCAAGCCAGGAUGGAAAAACAGUUCUUUUCCCUAUAAAACCAAAUCUGCUGGGAGAGCUUUCUAUCACAGUAAAAGCAACGUCCCCUGUUGCUUCUGAUGCUAUUACUCAAUCGGUGCUUGUUAAGGCAGAAGGAAUUGCGCAGUCAUAUUCACAAACUUUGCUACUAAGCCUUACAACCAACUAUGGAUCAAAUUCAACAUCUAACACUUUAAAUUUUACGUUCCCUCCUGAUGUAGUGAAUGGCAGUCAAAGAGCUUAUGUCACUGUUGUUGGUAACAUACUGGGACCAUCUAUAACUGGCCUUGAUUCUCUUAUCCAACUGCCUAGUGGAUGUGGAGAACAGAACAUGAUUAACUUUGCUCCAGGAGUUUAUAUUUUAAAGUACUUAAAAGUUACAAAACAGCUGAAAGCAGAUAUCCAAGAAAAGGCUUUAAACUACAUGCAAGAAGGUUACCAAACAGAAUUAAUGUACAAGCGACAAGACGGGUCUUUCAGUGCUUUUGGAAACAGUGAUCCAUCUGGAAGCACUUGGUUAACAGCUUUUGUAUUAAGAUGUUUUCUUCAGGCCCGUGAUUGCAUGGAUAUUGAUAAAACUGUAUUGUCACUUGCUGUACAGUGGCUUAUGACCAAACAGAAUCCCAGUGGAGAAUUCUGGGAACCAGGCCAAGUCAUACAUUCUGAGCUACAAGGUGGACAUAAUGGACCAAUAACUCUUACAGCCUAUGUACUGAUUGCUGUUUUAGAGGACAAUGAGUUUCAGAAAACCUAUGAAAAUGCAAUAUCUAGAGCUGUGACCUUUCUUGAACAGAAAGUUUCCUCGGGAAUAAAAGACAACUAUGCCCUCUCGAUUGCAACAUACGCGCUGUCCUUAGCUAACAGCAGAAGUGCAGGUAUUGCACUCGACCAGUUGAAUGGAAGAGCAAUAAAACGUGGAGGAAUGCAGUUUUGGAAUACUCCCAGCAGUGGUUUAUCCAGUGGAUGGCAACCACGGUCCACAGAUAUAGAACUAGCAGCAUAUGUAUUGCUCUCCCAUUUUACAUUAAAGAAGUUUGCUGAGGGAAUACCCAUCAUGAAAUGGCUCAGUCAGCAGAGGAAUCACCUUGGGGGCUACUCAUCCACACAGGAUACCAUUGUGGCAUUACAAGCUCUGUCACAGUUUGCUACCUUGUCCAACACAAACACGACUUCCAUGACAGUUAUGGUGACAGAACCAGGCAUGACUGCUCCACUCACCUUUGAAAUUAAUGCACAGAAUGUUCUAGAACAUCAAAGUCAAAUGCUUCCAGUUCAACAGCCUAUGAUGGUUAAAAUUGAAGCUUCUGGAAAUGGUACUGCAUUUUGUCAGCUUAAUAUUUUCUACAGUUUGAAAACUGCUGCUUCAGGAAGGCAGAGAAGAGACACUCAAAGUACUGAAGCCUUUGACCUUGAAAUCACUGUUAUCGAUGACAAGGAUAAUAUAGAUCAUCUGACUUUGUCCAUAUGCACCAGUUUCACCUUUGAGGGAAGGACUGGAAUGGCUCUAUUGGAUGUGACUUUACCAAGUGGAUUUACUUUAGUCCAGAAUGGAGUAUCAAGAAAUGUUCUUAUUAAAAAUGUGGAAACAAACGAAAGUAAAGUUCACAUUUACCUGGAUUCAAUAAAUGAAACUCAAGUUUGUAUUGAUAUUCCAGCUAAACGGAAUUCUAAAGUUGCAAAUACCCAAGAUGGCUAUGUUGUUGUAUAUGACUAUUAUGAACCAAUCUGUGUAGAUCAAUGA